AACAGGUGAGACAGAUUGGGCUAAUGAGCCAGGGUGAGUCAGACAGAACGAUAUGAUAACAACAAACACUCGACAAACUUUCAGAGGAAUUUAAAUUAUUUAAAUGUCAUUCGAAAGCAUUUCACAGUUGGCUCGGUGCCUAUAGUAGCGCCACCCGCAGGCCCGUAAACGACGCUGAAUUAUAGGGUUGGCCACGAAAUGCACAUAACAAAAGUGUUUCCUGUGAGUGGGACCGCUUUCUUUGUCAACCCCACAGGACUCUUCUCCGCAAUCCACUCGUAAUUAUUGUGGUAAAAACGUAGCGGAGCUGCUACAAGCCAUGAUUCCACACAUUUUGUCGUCCUCCGCCGUAGUUUUCCGCAACAAAGGGAUUUUAAACGGAGCUGCAAAACGUUUACGCGGACCGUGGUUUUGCCGGAGCAAAGUUCCAGCAGCAGCUUCUCGUCACAUCCAUGUGGACUACCCUCCCAUCAUCCCCAGUCUCACCACCAGUUAUGCCCACGGCACCUCGUCCACGACCCUGCUUCACACCACGGUAGCAGAGUCUCUCCUGAGGACUGUGGAGAAGGUUCCAGACCGAGAGGCGGCAGUAUUUGUGCACGACGGUAUCUCCAAGACCUUUGCUCAGCUGCAGCACGAUGUGGAUCAGGUUGCAGCUGGACUGCUUGCCAUUGGCUUGAAGACGGGUGACAGGCUUGGAAUGUGGGGACCCAACACUUACGAAUGGCUGCUGAUGCAGUUUGCAACAGCCAAAGCAGGCAUCAUACUGGUGGCUGUGAACCCAGCGUACCAGCUGCUGGAGGUGGAGUUUGCACUGCGCAAGGUGGGCUGUAAGGCUGUUGUGUGUCCAACACAGUUCAGGACUCAAAAGUACUGUGAGAUGCUACGAAAACUCUGUCCAGAGAUUGAGACAUCAAGUCCAAUGGACAUCAAGAGUGCCAGGCUUCCAGAUCUGCGCACUGUGGUUGUUCUGGACAGCCGACAGCCAGGAAUGCUCCAUUUUGACGACGUAGUUCAGGCGGGCAGCAGCGAGUUCAUGCAACAGCUGCAGGCUCUGCAGAGGAAGCUCUCAUUUGACGACCCAAUAAACAUCCAGUUCACUUCUGGUACAACUGGGUACCCAAAGGGUGCCACCUUGUCUCACCACAACAUUGUCAACAACGCUUACUUUGUGGGCAAAAGAAUGGGCUACAGCUGGAGGCCUCAGCCUCGUAUCUGUCUGCCUGUGCCGAUGUACCAUUGCUUUGGCUCAGUGGGUGGUGGCCUCUGCAUGGCCGUCCAUGGCAUCAGCCUGGUCUAUCCUUCACCUGGUUACGACGGGAAAGCCAACUUAGCAGCUAUGGAGAGUGAACGGUAAAAAUCCAGAUGGAUUGGUGUUGACUCAUGAAUCACAAAUGUUUAAACCAGGGGUAUCAAACUCAAUUUCACAGUGGAAAAUUAAAAACUGGGAUAAAGUCAUGGGCCAAACUCAAUAUUUAUUG